AGCUCUGAAUGAAUCCACAGUCAAUGGCCCGCUACUGGACGGCUGCGCGAUGAACGCAUUCGCUUUUUACCGUCCAGUGCCUGGAUUGACUAUGAUUAUGGAUAUCUUGUAUUUUCUAUGGAUACUGCCAACGGUAUGGGCUGUCGAAGAAGUACUAAUGGAUUCAACAACAGCAACAGCAGAACUGGGCUGGACCAUCUACCCAUCACAGGGGUGGGAAGAAGUUAGCGGCUAUGAUGAAAAUAUGAACACCAUCCGAACAUACCAGGUGUGCAAUGUCUUUGAUAGCAGCCAGAACAACUGGGUACGCACCAAAUACAUCCGCCGCCGCGGUGCUCAGCGCAUCCAUGUCCAGAUGAAGUUCUCAGUGCGUGACUGCAGUUCUAUACCCAAUGUCCCUGGCUCUUGCAAGGAGACCUUCAAUCUCUAUUACUAUGAGUCUGACUCGGACACGGCCACUAAAUCGUCCCCAUCCUGGAUGGAGAACCCCUGGGUGAAAGUAGACACUAUCGCGGCUGAUGAGAGCUUCUCUCAGGUUGAUCUUGGUGGCCGAAUCAUGAAGAUCAACAGUGAAGUCCGGAGUUUUGGACCUGUUUCGCGCAACGGCUUCUACCUCGCUUUCCAGGAUUAUGGCGCCUGCAUGUCACUCAUCGCUGUUCGAGUCUUCUACAGGAAAUGUCCUGGUGUGAUUCAGAAUGGUGCCAUCUUCCCUGAGACGCUUUCUGGAGCAGAGAGCACCUCUCUGGUGGCAGCCAGAGGGGUGUGUGUUCCCAAUGGGGAAGAGGUGGAUGUACCCAUCAAGCUGUACUGUAACGGGGAUGGGGAGUGGAUGGUACCCAUCGGGCGCUGCAUGUGCAAAGCUGGAUACGAGGAAGUAGAGAAUGGUACAGUCUGUAGAGCUUGUGUAUCAGGCUCCUUCAAGGAUGCACAGGGAGACCACAAAUGUCUGCAGUGCCCCAUUAAUAGCCGAACCACCAGCGAGGGAGCAACUAACUGUGUCUGUCGCAACGGCUACUAUCGCACUGACUCCGACCCUCAACAGAUGCCCUGCACAACUGUUCCAUCAGCUCCACAAAACGUCAUCUCCAUAGUGAAUGAGACCUCUCUGAGGCUGGAGUGGAACCCUCCACAGGAGGGCGGUGGCCGAGAAGAUGUUGUCUACAACAUUAUAUGUAAGAGCUGUGGCAGUGGGCGGGGUGGCUGCACCCGCUGUGGAGACAAUGUGCAGUUUGUCCCACGUCAGCUAGGACUGACCGACACCCCCGUCUACAUCAGCGACCUCCUGGCUCACACCCAGUACACCUUUGAAAUACAAGCUGUCAACGGAGUGUCUGACCAGAGUCCUUAUUCACCACAAUACACGUCUGUCAACAUCACCACCAACCAGGCUGCACCAUCGGCAGUGUCCAUCAUCCACCAAGUCAGCAGAACCCCUAACAGCAUCACCCUGUCCUGGUCCCAACCUGAUCAGCCUAAUGGAGUGAUACUGGAUUAUGAACUGCAGUACUAUGAAAAGAACCAGGCAGAAUGGAACUCUUCUCUAACGAGGAGUCAGACCAACACUGCAAUCAUACGAGGCUUGAAGGCUGGAACUAUCUACGUUUUUCAGGUUCGGGCUCGGACUGUUGCUGGAUUUGGACGUUUUAGUGGCAAAAUGUACUUCCAAACCAUGACAGAAGCGGAAUAUAACUCCAGUAUCCAGGAGAAGCUUCCCCUCAUCAUUGGUUCCGCUGCUGCAGGGGUAGUGUUCAUCAUUGCCAUCACUGUCUUCAUAAUUGUCUGUCGCAGCAGGAGAAGUUCUGACAGACCAGAUUCAGAGUACACAGACAAACUCCAACAUUACACCAGUGGUCACAUGUCACCUGGAAUGAAAAUCUACAUCGACCCCUUCACAUAUGAAGACCCUAAUGAAGCCGUCAGAGAGUUUGCCAAGGAGAUUGACAUGUCCUGUGUCAAGAUUGAACAAGUUAUUGGUGCAGGUGAGUUUGGUGAGGUAUGCAGUGGAAACCUCCGACAGCCUGGGAAGAGAGAGAUUCUGGUGGCUAUUAAGGCACUGAAGGCGGGCUAUACUGAACGCCAGAGACGGGACUUUCUAAGCGAGGCAUCCAUCAUGGGCCAGUUCGACCACCCAAACAUCAUCCACCUGGAGGGGGUGGUGACCAAGAGCAGCCCAGUGAUGAUCAUCACUGAGUUCAUGGAGAAUGGAUCCCUCGACUCAUUCCUCAGGCAAAAUGAUGGGCAGUUCACAGUGAUCCAGCUGGUGGGAAUGCUGCGCGGCAUAGCAGCAGGAAUUAAGUACCUAUGUGACAUGAACUACGUCCAUCGGGACCUGGCAGCUAGGAACAUCCUGGUCAACAGCAACCUCGUGUGCAAAGUGUCUGACUUCGGUCUGUCACGCUUCCUUGAGGACGAUACUUCAGACCCCACAUACACCAGCGCUCUGGGAGGGAAGAUUCCCAUCCGGUGGACGGCUCCAGAGGCCAUUCAGUACAGGAAGUUUACCUCCUCCAGUGAUUGCUGGAGCUAUGGCAUAGUCAUGUGGGAGGUGAUGUCAUAUGGAGAGAGGCCCUACUGGGACAUGAGCAAUCAAGAUGUCAUCAAUGCCAUAGAGCAGGACUACAGGUUGCCACCCCCUAUGGAUUGUCCUAGUGCACUGCAUCAGCUGAUGCUGGAUUGCUGGCAGAAAGACCGCAACAACCGACCCAAAUUCAGCCAGAUUGUCAGCACCCUGGACAAGAUGAUCCGCAACCCCAACAGCCUCAAGGCCACGACACCACUGUCAUCAAGUGUCCACUUACCUCUGCUUGAUCGAACCACUCCAGACUUCUCCUCUUUCAGCACAGUGGAUGAGUGGCUGGACGCCAUUAAGAUGGGCCAGUACAAGGAGAACUUUGCCAACGAAAGCUUCACCACCUUUGAUGUGGUGUCUCAAAUAACCAUGGAGGACAUCCUCAGAGUGGGAGUGACAUUAGCCGGUCACCAGAAGAAGAUCCACAACAGCAUCCAGUCCAUGAGGGCCCAGAUGAACCAGAUCACUUCAGUCGAGGUGUGAUUUCACAGAGGAAACCCAGCAGCCACCAUUCCUGCAUUCUCCUGGAACCCUCUGAGGACACAUUCUUUGACUUCAACCCCCCCUCCAAACUCUCUCCAGAAGGUUACAUCAGUCUGCAGCACCACACUGAUGAUUGGUAGUUUUCUAGUAGCUACUGUAUGUGCAGAUAACAGUCAUGCGGGGUCUUUGGGGUUGUAGUUGACCAUAACCAAAGCCAGUUUCAAACUGCUUAGUCCAUGUCUAUUUCAUGGGUCACCUUGUGUUUGGAGUGUAUUCUGUUAAAUGAUAACACACCACACUUGGCUCAACUACCACCAAGUUAAAUCAUUCAUUAAGAAAUGCCUUGUACUUUGAAUUUUUUGCUCAAGACUCACAGUUGGAAAUGAAAAUGAUAAACAGCAAACAACUAAACACAACCUUCCUUAUGAGCUUAACGCUGGUAGUACCCAUUGUUGUUUUAAUGGAUCAUUUAUUGAGGUGCUUACUGACUGGCUUUUACUGCUAGCUCUGUAAUACAAUGUUGGUCUUCCAGAUUUUGACUGAGAGGGCACAGUGCUGGUAACCUAGUUGUUUAAGUUAACUAUUUUGAGUUAUAAUUAGGGUUGUCAAGCGAUUACAUUUUUUUAUCUAAUUAAUUACAAGCUUUGUGAUUAAUUCAUUGCGAAUAAUCGCAUAUAACAAUAUUUG